CGCGUGUUCUUUGCCCCUCAGAAGCUGCUCCCGUCCCUGGCGACGUCGCUGGAGGAGAUCUUCACGCACUGGGAGAAAACUCCUUCGAAGGCCAGGAGAAGAAAGCUGCGUGAUGAGGAGGCAGCCAUCCCAGAAAAGAUUAGAGUUCCUGAUCCUGUGAGCAGCUCUGAAAGCUCAGAGAAAGAAGAGGAUGAUAAAGAGAAGACGAAAACUGGGAAUGUAACCAGCAUUUCCCCAGUCACAAACUCAGCAGUGAAUGUAGAAAGCAGCGAAGAUGACGACUCCUCAUCAGAAGAGGAAACGCCAAGUGGAAAAGGUGCAAUUACGGUGACACCAGCUGUAGCGAGUGGCAAAGCUGCCAACUCCUUGCAUUCUCCUAUCAAACCCACUGCUCCAGGCGCUAAAGUAGCAGUGCCCUCUGCUGCAAACAAAACUGUGCUCUCAAAUAAGCAGCAGCCCAGUGCAUCAGUUGUGACCCCAACCAAGGCUGGGCAGAAACUGCCUGGUCCUGGGAAACCUGGACAAGCUGUAGCAGCCGCGAGCCAAGCAGUACAAAGCAAAGCUCCAGUAAUGACCAAAGCACCAGAAAGCUGCAGCAGCAGCUCAUCAGAGAGUGAGGAGGAAAAGGAGACACCAACUGUGAAGGCCUCAGCCCCCAAAGUGGAGCUGAAGCAGGCAGCUGGGGAAGCUGAGAGCAGCAGUGAGGAAUCAAGUGAUGAGACAUCAUCUGAGGAGGAGCUUGCGACCACAGCAGUCCAGGCAAAACCAGCUGUUAAAGCAGUGCAGGUUAAUUCAACGCCUGUUAAGAGUGCACCUGCUACUUCAGUGUCCACCAAGAAGAGCACAGUGAAGCAAAAAGCAGGGACACCAAACCAGACCAAGCAUGGCUCUGUAACGGUUCCAGUGGCUGCAAAGCCUGAUGACACCUCAGAGAGCAGCGACUCAUCAGACAGUGGAAAUGAGGAGCCUCCAUCAGUAACCCAGUCAAAGCCAUCUUUAAAAACCUCCCAAGCCAUCCUAUCCCCAGUGAAAACCACACCAGCAGCAUCACUCUCCAGCAAAGCAGCUCCAGCAAAAACACUUCCACUGUCCCAAGGGAAGACAGCACCAAAAACAGCACCAAAAACAGCAGUGCUAAAGCAAGCUAAAGCCACGCCAGGAAGGACUGCUGCUCCUGCAAAGCCAGCUGAAAGUACAAACCUGGCGAAGAGCAGUGACUCUUCAGGCAGUGAAGAGGAGGAUCUGCCUGUGCCUGUCAGCCAGAAGAGGUUACCAGAACAGCCUGGGUCCGUUCCCAGUCUGAGCCAGGCUGCUAAAGCCACGACUCCUCAGAAGGCAGUGGGAAGCACCUUGAAGAAUGAGACCUCUGAAAGUGGAAGCAGCGACUCAUCUGACAGUGAGGAGGAGACUCCAGUGUCACAGACACGGCCUGCACUGCCUGCUGCGAAAAGCAAUGCUGUGCCCCAGCCAACAAGUGUGAAGAAAGUAGCAGCACCCACGGCAGCCCCAGCCCCUCUUCUGAGUAUGGACAGCAGUGAUGACUCCAGUGAGGAGUCGGAUUCUGAUGAGGAAAUAGUCCCUCCCACACAGACUCUAUCCCAGCAGAACAUCAAACCAACCAAGGUUUCAAGCACAGUGGCUGCCAAGGCUAAUGCCACACCACCUUCAGGGAAGGGAAUAAAAGCACCUCCUAUCCCUCCAAUUUCCAGAGUGUCUGAGAGCUCAAACAGUGAUUCCUCAGAGAGCAGCACAGUGGUGGGAGAGAUUGUUCCUCCUCCUUGCUUAAAGCAGACAGCUCUCACGGGGAAAGCUCCUCCAGCCAGCCCUGCUGCCCCGCAGGCUGCUUCCAUCCUGAGAAGCCCUACUGCCAAGUCGAAGAAGCCAGGCCUGCAGCCAGCACAGGAUGCCAGGCUGAGCCAGACUGCACUGCUCACCCAAGCAGAGGAGAGCUUGGACAGCAGCAGUUCCUCUGACAGUGACAAGGAGACACCCAAGCAGCCUCCCAAACCUGGGAUGCUGCAGAAACCAGGAGGGACUGAGCCAGAUGACAGCUCCUCAUCAGAUUCCAGUGAGGAUGAAGAGGCAGUAUCACAGUCCCUCCUCACAGGUUAUAUGAGCCUCUCCAAGAGCCCAGCAGCACCUCACACACCAAAGACGGUCCCCCCCCAGCCUGUAGGCAAUGCAGGGCAAGGGAAAGCAGCUGUGAAUGCCAAUAGCUCCCUCGCCAAAGUCUCCGUGAAAGCAACCCCAGCUGACAGCUCCAGCAGUGACAGCAGUGACUCUGACACAGACGUCGAGCAGGUGUCUGCAAACCACAAAGCAGAAAGCAAACCUCCUGUGGGCCAGGAAGCCACAGGAGCAUCCAACAAAGAGAAGGAGGCAGGAAGAAUUGAUGCAAGUCAUGCCAACCCCAAGCCUUCCCCGUUCAAGAAAGCCCUGGCUGCGAAAGAGAAUGAUGUUGAGGCCAAAGAGACGCAAGCAAACCCAUUGCCAUCUGCACUGCUUUCAACCCCGCAGCCAGAGGAGUCAAGUUUGGGGGGUAAAAGUGAGGUCACCACUGCUGCUGGAGUUCCUGCAGUGCAAACACCAGAAGGGUUGGAAAAGAAGAAGAAAAAAAAAGAGAAAAAAGAAAAGAAGGAAAAGAAGAAACCUUCCUCCACAGCAGACAAGGCUGUGAAAACAUCUAAGAGCAAAGACAAAGAGAACAAAAAGCAGAAAGCAUCUCAGAAACGGAAACGGCCAGGAGAGGAUGGGGCUGUUGGACAGCCCAAGGAAAAGAAGCGGAAAGGACAAGCUAACGAAGAAGUGCCCAAAAAGAAGAAAAAGAAAGCAGCUGAUGACCCAGAGAAGCUGCCAGACAGCAAGGAAAAGAAAAAAUCAAGUAAAAAGAAAAAGACAGGAAAAGAAAAGAAGAACAAAAAGAUGCCCUCAGAAGGGGAGUCGACAGCAGAUAGCUUUGCUGAAGUUCACAAGAAGAAGAAGAAGAAGAAGAAAACAGCUGAGCCGGAAGGAUUGUUGUGAGAAGGUACAUGGCCCGUGGGAACUAUCAGUUGGUACCUGUGAGCGGCGGUAACCUUGGCCAAAUUCAGUGCUCCUGAGCCAGUCUUGGGAAGACAUUGUGUCCUCUAACCACCCACUGUGUGAGGCAGCCUGGCCCUAUAUUAGAGAGCCAGGGAGUGGAACAGAAUAAGGGAAGUCAUACAGAAGCGUGCUGGCUUCUCUGGAUGUUUGACCUCAACUCUUUAGCUGCUGAAAUCCGGAUGCCCAGCCUAGAUGUUGCUGUCCUCUGUCACCAGCAGAGAUAAGAGGCCUCUGGCAGUGUCUGUCUGUCCUGACUGACCACAGGGAGCUUGGAAAAGUCAUGUGGAUGAGCUGGUGAAGUUCUGGCCAUCUGGAAGUGGACCAGAUGAAUCUGCCUCCACUCUGCUCAGCUGUACGGCUAUUCUCUUCACUGUCCCUAAUUCUUUUAACUCCUUUCCCCAAAGGUACCGCAUCCCUGUGAUUAAGGAUUUAUGGGUGAAGAUCAAACAGAAGAGUGGAAAAGGAAGCUCAUCAGCAGAAUUCCCACUUCUUUUUCUUUUAUAAAUAAUAAUUUAUAUCUUCUUUUAACUGUGACUUUUAGAGCAGAGUGAUGUAACUUUCUGCCUCCUGUCCUGCUGGGGCCCAGAGCUGUGUUUAUUGCCCUCCCUGACAGCUCAUGUGCUGCACUAAGAACUGAACCGAGGGAGAUGGUUUGACCAGAGAAGAGCAAGCGUGCAGAAACUGCUUUCCUCCUAGCUGACGCCCAGCCACCUUUUUUCUCUUCACAGAGCUAUAUUUUUAAGAGAAACUUUUACUCUCUUUUUUCCUUCUGUGAUUUGUGGUGUCAGACCUUUUACUACCUAUGGAAGAGAGCUCUUUGGGUUUAGUUUUUAUUCUAACAAACACUGACGGCAAUAGUUAUCGUGUCCCUGGAGUUGCACUGAACAGCUGUGUUCACAGCUGUUCUCAGUCAAGGCUGCAUUUUUUUGUUUCUUUUUUUCCUUUUUUUUUUUUUUUAAUGGAAUACAGAAUAAAAGAGGAACAGCGAGA